GGCCGAGGCCCCAAAGGCCCCGAGGGCGCCGCCCGCAGCCGCCGUGGGUCGCGACCCCCCCUGAAAGGGGGGGAGGAAGAGGAGGAAGAGGAAGAGGAGGAGGAGGAGGAGGAAGAGGACGACGAGGAGGAGGAGGAGGAGGAGGGCGGCAAGCCUGGCCCCGCCCCUUGCCAAGCCACGCCCCCCGCCCCUCAAGCCACGCCCCCUUCUCCACAAGCCACUCCCCCUUCGCUCGACCCGCCGCCCCCAUUGAACAAAUCCCCGCCUGUCACAGCCGAAGCCCCGCCCACAGACGAGCAAGCCCCGCCCCCGGGUGCUGAAGCCCAGGCUGAUGUUCCCGAAGCCACGCCCACCAUGACAGAAGCCCCGCCCGCUGACACAGAAGCCCCGCCCACUCACCCCCCGACCCCGCCCCCUGAGGGCGAGGCCACGCCCAUGCAGGUUGAGUCCACGCCCGCUGAAAUCGAAGCCCCGCCCCCUGCUGCGGAAGCCACGCCUCCAUCCGAAGCCCCGCCCGCCUGCAGCGUAGCCACGCCCCCUCGACAGGAAACCCCGCCCCCUUCAUCCCCCUCUCCUCUGCCCUUAGAGCAGGGGGCGGAGGCUCAGGCCACGCCCACAUCUGAACAGCCAAUCCCGCUCGUCCUCAGCAAAGAGCCCGCCCCUAACGGCGGAGCUACUCCUGAAGCCCCGCCCACAAAUGAGGCCCCGCCCCCCUCCUCCCCCCGUGGGCGCCACCAAUCAUCUUCCUCCUCCUCGCCUGGCCCCGCCUCUUCCCGCGGAAGCUCCGCCUCCCCGCCGCCACGGGCACGUGGCCAAAGCGCUGAGGACGAGCAGCCGGAGCCGACCCCAGCAGCGACCCCCAAGCAGGAGCCGGCAGCAGCCAUGGAUGUGGGGCCGCCCCCCGAGCGCCCCCCAGACCCCGAGGUAACGCCCCAUAAGUGUGGGGCGGGGAU